AUGUUCAUGUUCACCUUAGCGGAAGAAGCCGAAGAAUGGUUUUAUUCUCUACCUGCCGGUAGCAUCACAUCUUGGGAUGAAAUGGAAAAAGCCUCCCUGAAUGAGUAUUUUCUAGUGUCGACCAAACAGUUGAUUGAUACCGCAGUCGGUGGAUCCACCAAUUUUUCAACAACCGCCGAUAUCAAGAAGAUCAUUGAAGCUAUUACUGCUAAUGAGCACUUGAAGUUGUACGAUAGAUGUCAAAGUAAACCAGAAGAGGUUAUAGAUUUAAAGCUAGAAACUAAUAAAAUCCAUAUUGAAGAUACUAUAGCUGCAAAAGUUGAGAAGAAGCUGAAGGCGAUGAAUAUAGUUGUGAUAAAUCCUAGAGAGUAUAAUAAUGUGAGAACUGUGACAAUAAGAAGUGGUAAAUCUGAUGAAGUAGUCGAGGAGGUGGAUGAAGAGGAAGAUCAAUUGAUCAAAGUGGAUCUUGAGAUCCAAGAAAAUGAAGUUGUGAGGGAAGAAGUGAUAGCACCAAAACCAGUUGUGAAAGAAAUAUUCAUUGAGCCUAAGCCGGUUGUUAAGCUUCCCUUUCCCACCAGAAACAAGAAAAAGCUACAACGUGAGAAAAACUUUGAAAAAUUCUUAGAGUUGUUCAAGAAGCUUGAGAUUAACAUUCCACUAUUGGAGGGUAUGAAGAUUCCAAUAAAGAAGAAAGAUCGAGAAGUUGUCACCAUCCCUUGUACUAUUAGAGAUAAGUCAUUCAACAAAGAUCUUAUUGAUUUAGGGGCUAGUGUGAGUCUCAUGUUGUUGUCCAUUUACAAGAAGCUUGGUAUACGGGUUGUGCAAGAUACCAGGAUGACCCUCCGAUUCGCCGAUCAUUCGGUCAAGAAACCAUAUGGUAUUGUUGAAGAUGUUUUGGUGAAAAUCGACAAGUUUGUAUUUCCGGUGGAUUUUUUAAUUCUAGAAAUGCUGGAAGAUGAAGAGAUCCCUCUCAUUCUUGGGAGACCUUUUUUAGAAACGGGAAGGUGCUUGAUCAACAUAGAAGAAAGGACCAUGACGUUGAAGGUUUAUGAUAAGGAAUUGAAUAUCGAUGUUCGAAACAUCAUGAGGUACAAGGAUGAUAUUUGUAACAGUCAUACUAUAGAGGUUCUAGAUCAGGUGAUGACAUAUGAUAGUCCUUUGAAUGCACCACAAUCAUCUUUGGAAAGAGUGUUAAGUUUGUCCAUUUUAGAUAGUGAUAAAGAAGUGCACAAUAGGGAAUCUGAAGUGCUAGCCUUGUUAGACGCAUAA